AUGGGGAAGAAUUCGAGCUCAUCAACUAGAGAAAAUGGGGCUAACAGUCCUUUUACAAAAAGACUCUUUAAUGCUUUGUCUGAAAAUUACCAUAUGAUGCCUUGGGACUGGCAGAUUUUAGUUGAAACAACUUUAGAUGCCAGUCAAUGCUAUGAAGAGCAGAAUAUGAUGAGAUCUGUAAACAACAGGCUAAGAUCUGGGCCGCAUUCUGGCUCUCCCAGAGCAGCAGACCAACCGAGGGCGCUCCCUGCUGGCCGAGGGGGUGAAUGGAGUGGCGGGGACUCCUGGGUGAAGGGUUGCCUUGGGGAGGAGUCCGGACACCUGCACACCCCGCUCCUGUUCAGCAACAUCCGCGAGAUUGUGCAUCUGCACCGCGGGCUGUGGGCCAGCGUGAUGGCGCCGAAGGUGGAGAAGGCGCUGCUGCAGCGGGACCUCCUCAAAGGCUUCAAGAUGUUCGGCUCCCUCUUCAAGCCCUACAUUUGGUAUUGCAUGAAGGAGGAGGGCUGCAUGGAGUACAUGCGCAGCCUGCUGCAUGACAACGACCUCUUCCGGGCCUACGUGACGUGGGCUGAGAAGCACCAGCAGUGCCAGCAGCUGAAGCUGAGCGACAGGCUCGCCAAGCCCCAUCAGCGGCUCACCAAGUACCCGCUGCUGCUCAAGUCGGUGCUGAGGAAGAUGGACGAGCCGUGUGCCAAGGAGGCUAUCAUCACCAUGAUCAGCUCCGUGGAGCACUUCAUCCACUACGUGAACGCGUGCAUGCAGCAGCGACAGGUGGUGGAGGGUAGCAACAAUGAGGUGGACAAGCUCCUGAAGGAAUUUCUGCACCUGGACCUGGCCGUGUCCAUCCCUGGUGCCUCCCCAAAGGAGACGCGUCAGCUGAUGUUGGAGGGCAGCCUGAGGAUGAAGGAGGGAAAGGACAGCAAGAUGGAUGUGUACUGCUUCCUCUUCACGGACCUGCUCUCAGUGACCAAGGCAGUGAAGAAGGCUGAGGGGACCAGGGUCAUCAGGCCACCGCUGCUGGUGGACAAGAUCGUGUGCCGGGAGCUGCGGGACCCUGGCUCCUUCCUCCUCAUCUACCUGAACGAGUUCCACAGCGCCGUGGGGGCCUACAUGUUCCAGGCCAGAGGGCAGGCUCUGUGCUGGGGAUGGGUGGACUCCAUUUACAAUGCCCAGAACCAGUUGCAACAGCUGCAUGCGCAGGAGCAUACGGGCAGCCAGCAGCACCUGCAGAGCCUGGAGGAGGAGGAGGAUGAGCAGAAGGAAGAGGAGGAAGGAGAGGAGGGUGGGAAGAGUAGCACUUCCACCGCCAGCUCCCCCGCCAUCCUGCGCAAAAGCAGCAACAGCCUGGACUCCCAGCACUGCGCCUCAGAGGGCUCCACAGAGACCCUGGCCAUGGUGGUGCUGGAGCCUGGGGAGACACUCUCCUCUCCCGAGUUCGAGGGCGGCCCCAGUCGGAGGAGAUGUCCCUCAGUACCACGAACUGCUGGCCCUGGGCCCCGGGACGGCCGCUCCUGCUCCAUGGACUCCGCCUACGGCACCCUCUCCCCCACCUCCUUGCAAGACUUUGUGACCCCAGCCCCUGUGGUGGAGCCAGCGCACUGGCCCCUAGAUUUACCACAGGCCCCUUCACCCCCGCUCUCGCCCCGACUCUGCUGCCGCACCCCUGUCCAGCUGCUGCCCCACCUGCCCCACCUGCUCAAGUCCAAAUCUGAGGCCAGCCCCCUGCAGCUGCUGGCAGGGGCUGCCACCCAGGGGGCACCCCGCCGCAGCCUGUUGGAACUCUGCUUGGCUGCCACAGCCACCGGCACUAGGACUCGGGGCUCCCCUCACAAAGCUGGGACCCGCUGGAUGCGGGGGCCACCAAGCCCUGGCAGUGGCUCCCAGCUAUCAGAGAUGGAGGGCAGGACCACUUGCCUGGCGGGGGAGCCCAAAGUGCCCACCAGGAGGAGCAGAGAGCUGCCCUCAGGGACCUCCCCCAGGGUCCAGCCUGAGCCGCCCCUGGGGAUCUCUGCCCAGCACAGGAAGCUGACGCUGGCCCAGCUCUACCGAAUCAGGACUACCCUGCUUGCUUAACUCCCAGGCCCUGAGCACAGCGUGGAGCAGCGCAUGCCUGGAGGGUGCGGUGGGGGGCAGGAGCACCUGCGCCUGAUGCAGCAGGACUUGCUGGGGAGCCACCCGCCUUCCCGGGCGGGCCUCAGGCCCAGCGGCCACCAGGCUCUCAGGGCUGCCCUGAAAGCCACACAAAGACAACCUGCUGCUGGAGGGCAGGCAUGCGGUGCUCCGGGAAGAUGCCGGAGGUAGGGAAGGAAGGUCAUGGCAGGGAACAAUUGCAAGCGGAGAUCCCGAAGGUUCUGAAAGCAGAGGACCAGCUCCUUGCAGACCUGAAUUCUGUGUGGGCCUUUUUCUGGGCCCUGUGGAAGUGGUGCGAGACACAGGAGGAGGUGAUGGACCGGGGCUUCGCCCAAGGAAGACUCGGAGGAAGCAAUGUGUGGACAGGGCCAGGCGGAGCAGGCAGGCCUGUACGGAGCCCACUGGAGCGCAGCCAGACCCCAAGGCGAUCACCAAGACAGGCCCCAGGGAGAAGCGAGCAGAUGCCACUCCACUCGCUGGAGAAGACCAUUGAGCAGAAAACUAAAGAAACCGAUUUUACAUCAUUUCCCAGGUGGAGAACAGUUGGCAUGUAAGCCCCUGACCAGUGCCCAGCCUCUCCUCUGUCUGUCUAUCUCACUCUUAGGUACCAUGUUCUUUGUUCUCUCUUAACUGCAACUCAUUUUUAAACUAGAUUGCUUUUAAAAGAAGACUAAAUAAAGUUUCCCUUAAGUUAUUUAGGCGGUGCUGAGGCUGCU